CUAAUCUAUGAGAAAUUUUUGCUGUGCAUUUGUCUUGUUUGUUCCUUAUAAUUUUCGUCAUAACUUUUGUCAUAACUCAUAACAUAAGAUAAAAAGUUGUACUCUGGUGGUAAUUGAUUGGAAUAUUAUUUCAUAUAAUUAAUUUAUAAUAAAAUAUCCCACGUUACGUGACUGUGCUCUGCUAACUACAGUUGUAUUGCUGAUGUGAUAUUACUGAAAUGUCAUCGUAUAUGGCAGGUGUUUUCGAUUUAGAUUUGGAUGUUGAUACAGUUACAGUUGGAGAUUCUGACGAAGACGAUAUUAUUGAAGUCGAUGAGGUUGAUUAUGAUCCCGAACUUAAUGUGAAUAAUAUAGCUGAAUCUGAGUGUUCAGAAACUAUACAGCUAUCAGAAGACAAUGUAAAUCCAGGUCAAUGCAAGCGUUUAGGACCCCAAGAUUUCGAACUAAGAAAAGUGUUAGGAAAAGGUGGAUAUGGAAAAGUAUUUCAAGUGCGAAAAAUCACAGGGCCUGAUGCAGGUGCUCAUUUUGCAAUGAAGGUUCUUAAGAAAGCUUCUAUAGUUCGUAAUCAGAAAGAUACUGCCCACACUAAAGCAGAAAGAAAUAUUCUGGAAGCUGUCAAGCAUCCAUUCAUAGUUGAACUAGUAUAUGCUUUCCAAACUGGUGGAAAACUGUAUUUAAUUUUAGAGUAUUUAAGUGGUGGAGAACUUUUUAUGCACCUGGAGAGAGAAGGUAUUUUUCUUGAAGACACUGCCUGCUUCUAUUUAUCAGAAAUCAUAUUAGCAUUAGAACAUUUACAUAGUUUGGGCAUCAUUUAUCGUGAUCUCAAACCAGAGAAUGUCCUCCUAGAUGCUCAGGGUCAUGUAAAACUCACUGAUUUUGGGUUAUGUAAAGAACAUAUACAAGAAGGUAUUGUUACACAUACAUUUUGUGGUACAAUUGAAUAUAUGGCGCCAGAAAUUUUAACCAGAAGUGGCCAUGGAAAAGCUGUAGACUGGUGGAGUUUAGGCGCUUUAAUGUAUGAUAUGCUGAUUGGUCAGCCUCCAUUCACUGGUGAUAAUCGCACUAAAACAAUAGAGAAAAUAUUAAAAGGAAAACUCAUGUUACCUGCUUACCUUACACAAGAUGCACGCGAUUUGAUACGACGCCUUAUGAAGCGGUCGGAGACUCAGCGCCUGGGCGCCGCCGGUGCCUCCGCGGUGCGUGGACACGCAUUCUUUAAACACGUGAACUGGGAUGAUGUGUUUAACAGAAGACUGGAACCACCAAUGAAACCAAUACUAUCAAGUGAAGAUGAUGUUUCACAGUUUGAUACAAGAUUUACUUUACAAACUCCCAUUGAUUCACCAGAUGAGUCUACACUUAGUGAAAGUGCCAACCUAAUGUUCCAGGGCUUCACAUACGUCGCUCCGUCCGUGAUGGACGAGGUCCACAAGCCGCGCGUGGUGACGGCGCGUUCACCACGGCGGCCGCGCUCGCACCACGCGCCCUUCGCCGCGCCCACCGCCUCGCACACCGCCUCGCACGCCUUGCAGGAAGACCUCAUGGAUGUACAAGGUCUACCUAUAUAGCCUAGGAUAAUUCACAUAGUUGACCAUUUUAUACAAAUGAUGAAUACAACUACAAAAGCUGCCCAUCUUGUAAUAAUGUCCGUAAAAUAAUGGUACUGUUUUAUACUACUAUUGUUAAUGUACAUUUUAUACGAGUUACCGUUUAGUUUAUAAUAUUUUGGUAGGGUUUUAACAAUUAUAAUAAAACGUUCUAACUCCGAUUAUACUACAGAGUAAUAAUAAUUUAAAAUAUACCUUGUUACCACGCUUCAUGAAUUGAAUUAAAGGUCAUUUUUAUUUUGUAUAUUUGUGUUUGAUUUCUAAACAUAGAGACAAAGAUUCAUCAACAUCAAGGUGGAAACAUUUGAUUGGCACAUGUAGCACUUGUCACUGAACAUACAGACAGUUGUGUGUCUGUUUGUGUUUGCUCAGAUUUAUAGCUAUUUACAAGUGACAUUUUAUAUUAUGCAUGUUUUACAUUCACAACAAGGUUCUUACAGGUAAUUUUCCUUAAUAUUGAUACA